UUUGUUUUCAGCUCUCACUGUUUUCUGUUUUUUUUUUAAAAAAGCCGCUAAAGUAACUGUGAUAUUAACUUAACCGGAGCUAUCGUUGGUCGUGCUAUUUAGUUAGCUGUUUUGUUGUUUAUUAGAGUGGCAGCGGAUGACAUUUGGAAACGUUUUGACACGAGCGCUAGCGAGCCCAGGCGUCUCAUCACGACCAGUACCAUCACCACCGGCUGGACUGUUGUCGUUGUUCGAAGACUUGACUAGCCCACUGGCGGGUGGCAGCUUUCCUUUGAGCACGGAGGGGUCUGGGUGAAGGCUGAAAGAUGGUCUGAUGGACCGCCGCUUCUUCCUGACCUUUCUCUUCUGCUCAGUGUCGUGGAUCUUCUUCUGGGAAGUGCGCUGGAAGAAAGGAAAAGAAAGUCAGAUUGAGGAAUGGCUCCAAGGACAUAACCUCUCUCAGUACAGGCACUUAUUCGAAGAUGUACAGACACUGGAGGAGCUGAGUCUGAGUGUACUGAGUCGUCUGGAGGAGGUGGUUAAGGAACAGCAGCGCUGGAGGGAAAUUGCAGAGGCUCACAUCCAGCUGCUCCGAGACUUUGCCUUCCAGGAGUGGCUUUGUUCCCAGAACCUGGAGCACUAUUACCAUACACUGAAGACCUUGGGUUGUAUGAAUCUGGAUGACCUGUCUCAGUUUGACAGUCAGCUGCAGCUCUCUUUAGCUGCUUGGGGCUACUACUACGAAGACUACAUAAAGUUGUCGACGGGCAUCAAGAUCCUCCAGACCUCCAGGGGGAGUCGCGACCAGGACUACGAGAUCCGGCUGGUGCACAGUCUUGCUGAGAGGCGUCUGAAUGAGAAGUGGUCAAUUGCGGGAGCUCUCCUAUUUGGCUGUACUGUGGCGCUGUGCUUCUUGAUAAGGGACCUCAUGUUUUACGUGAUUGGUGGAAUUACUGUUUCCAUCAUAGCGUUUGUCUUUACCAUCAAGUUCCUCUGUGAGCUUGCAGCAAGAGUGGUCAGCUUCCUGCAGAAUGAGGAUCCAGGGCGACGCGGUGAUCGCAGCAUCUACGACUAUGUCCGGGGCAACUACCUGGACCCACGCUCCUGCAAGGUGUCAUGGGACUGGAAGGAACCACAGGAAGUGGGGCAGACGAUGAGCUUCAGAGUCCAGCUCUUCUAUAAGAACGGUCAGCCUUUCCCAGCCCAUCGGCCUGUGGGGCUGAGGGUCAACAUCACCCACAUUGAACUGGCCUUGGACAUCCCUGUUACCCAGGAGGUUCUGCAAGAACCAGAGUCCAACGUGGUCAAAGUGGCCUUCACAGUGCGCAAGGCUGGACGCUAUGAGGUUGCCGUCAAGCUGGGUGGUCUCAAUGUGGCCUACAGCCCGUAUUACAAGAUAUUCCAGCCAGGUACAGUCGUUCCAUCAAAAACCAAGAUAGCCUACCACUUCUCCACCCUGGUGCUAACAAACGGCCAGCAACACACUUUACAAAUCGAGCCCAGGGACGAAUACGGAAACCCUACCAGUAACUCCACGUCUCUGACAGAUGAAGCCAACUACAGCGUCCAUGUGCACUCUCUAGGAACAGUGGAUGAUGACAGCCUGGAGGACUUCUACAGUAAGUCAGUUUCACUUAACAAGCAGCAGUGCCAGGUUCUGCUGAGACUGACCCUGAGGAAGACGGGCUGCUUCAGGGCCCGCAUCUCUUACAAGGAUCAGCCGCUCAGCAAUGGGGAAUUCGACAUAAUUGUUCUCAGUGAGAAUGAAAAGGCCUGCGUGGAGAAGAAUGUGUCCACUCCAGGCAUAAGCAUCUACUUUGAGGCAUACCUUUACAGCAGUGGGAACUACAGCAGUUCAUCAUGGCAGUUACCAGCUUCCUCUUUGCUGGCUCCCCAGAGGAGGCCCUCCAUGGGAGAAGAAGAGGACGAGCAUGACUCUCCUGUGGAGGGACAACCUGAGAAGGUCAAGAAACCAAAAAAGGUCUACUGUUACAUAUCGCCAAAGCAACUAUCCGUGAAGGAGUUCUACCUGAAAAUUAUUCCAUGGCGCCUUUUCACCUUUCGAGUAUGUCCAGGAACGAAGUUCACCUAUUAUGGCCCUGACCCGGUUCACAAGUACCUAACUCUAGUGGUGGAUGAUGGGAUACAGCCUCCUGUGGAGCUCAGCUGCAAAGAUAGGAACAUAAUGGCUGCCACCUUCAUUCGUUUCCUGCACAAGAACAUUGGUGGCUCUGAAACGUUCCAAGACAAGGUGAACUUCUUUCAACGUGAACUCAGGCACAUCCACUCCAAGAGACCUCGCACCAAAACCUGCCUAAAAAUCACUCGGCACGCUAUCCUAGAUUCAUCUCUGAAGGCUACAAGGAACUUCUCAGUGUCUGACUGGAGUAAGAACUUUGAGGUCGUGUUCCAGGACGAGGAAGCUCUGGACUGGGGAGGCCCUCGCAGGGAGUGGUUUGAGCUGAUUUGUAAGACCCUCUUUGACACGUCCAACCAGUUGUUCACCCGAUUCAGCGACAACAACCAGGGUCUCGUGCACCCGAACGCUGAAAGGCCGCCCCACUUGCGUCUAAAGAUGUACGAGUUUGCGGGUCGCAUCGUAGGGAAGUGCCUGUACGAGUCUGCUCUGGGUGGAGCCUACAAGCAGCUGGUCCGAGCUCGCUUUACUCGCUCCUUCUUGGCCCAGAUUAUUGGCCUCAGGAUGAACUACAAGUACUUUGAGACGGAUGACCAGGAGUUCUACAAAACUAAAGUCUGCUUCAUCCUAAACAAUGACGUGAGUGAAAUGGACCUGGUGUUUGCCGAGGAGAAGUACAGCAAGUCGGGACAGCUGGAGAAGGUGGUGGAGUUGAUAUCAGGGGGGGCUCAGAUCGCCGUUACCAAUGAGAACAAGAUGCAUUAUCUGAACCUGCUGGCCCAGUACCGACUGGCCAGCCAGGUGAGGGAUGAGGUGGAACACUUUUUGAAAGGUUUAAACGAACUGGUUCCAGAAAAUCUGCUAGCCAUAUUUGAUGAGAAUGAGUUGGAGCUGUUGAUGUGUGGUACCGGUGAUAUAAAUGUGCAGGACUUCAAAGCCCACGCAGUGAUUGUUGGCGGGUCGUGGCACUUCAGAGAGAAGGUGAUGAAGUGGUUCUGGGCGGUGGUGUCCAGCUUCACCCAGGAAGAGCUCGCACGUCUGCUGCAGUUCACCACCGGAUCCUCUCAGCUUCCCCCGGGGGGAUUCAACACUCUCUGCCCCUCCUUCCAGAUCAUCGCUGCCCCCACACAUAGCACUUUGCCCACUGCACACACCUGUUUUAACCAGCUGUGCCUCCCUACCUACGACUCCUACGAGGAGCUGCACAAGAUGCUGAAGCUGGCCAUCAGUGAGGGCAGCGAGGGCUUUGGCAUGCUCUGACUCCUCCAUCACUGGCACUGUGGUUUCACUCGUACAUGGCGGGGAGGGGCGGGGGUGGACCGGCGCUGCUCCACUGCCCUGGUUUCCCGCAUUCAUCUACAUUCGGACUUCUUUGCGCUCCCUAUAAAUUCUCUCUCAGGAUGAGAGGGCGUUUCAGGAAGUCCCAGAAGGCUGUGCUGAAACUGGAACUCAGUCAUAUGAACUCUAGCGCUACUGUAUGUAUAUAAACUAUCUCGCUUUUGUAAAACGGAAAAGAAUCCACGGACUGCAGAAAAAAAAGAAGGUGAGGUUUGGAGCUAGUUUUAUUUCCUAACGCUAAAGUUUGCUUAGUUUUAUAUGUUUGGAGAGACAAAUGACGCUAGAGCAAAGGCCUUGAGUAUUACUAUAUAACCGCUUCUUUUGCAUUUUUGCAAACUGAGGAACACUUAAGUGCAACAGCAGCCUACAUGUGAUGUGGGUGACACGUGCAUCUACAGCACUUUGGCCUUAAUCGAUCAGGGACUGAUGUGUGUGUAUGUAAAUAUAUAAUAUCACUCUUUUAUUUCAAUACUUGUACAUACUAGUGUGGAUACGUAGGUUUUCAUCCUGUUACUUUUUGAUUUGACAUGUACGGAGAAGGGAUUUCUUUACUUGUUGCAUGUUUGAUGGGUUCAGAGCUAAUUUAAGUUUUUUGUUUUUGAGACAAAAGGGGGUUUUAAAAGAAGCCAAGUAAUUUCUAUCGUUUCUAUGUUUUUAACUUAUUGUGUCUUGGAAGAAACUGUUUGUGUUGACCCUUACUGUUGAAACUAGGUUUGUCUGGAACACUUUGUUUUGUUUAUGUUUUAUAACCUGCCUUAUUCAUACCCUUUGCCUCUGAUUGUAUCCAGAGAGGUGCGUAGGUGACGGACACAUAGUCGACAAUAAUAAGAUAUACUCUGACAUCUCUAUUAGUACAUGCAGGGGUCACUGUGGACGUGAGUGUUGAUUGGAUGUUGAGGGAGAGCCCAUAUAUAACAAAACAUGUUGUUAUAUAUGCUGUAUGCUUUUUACUUUCUCAUUCACAGCCUGUUAUGGGUUUACCUCAGAAUCUCCUGUACCACCUAUGCAUCCUCGGACACAGGUGUGCGUGUGCGUUUUCAUGCAUGUGUACGGCAAAGACAUGCAGUUUGCUCAUAGUUGCCUCCUUCCAGCCCCAACCUUUAGCCAUACACCCUCCGCAUCCUCUAUAAACUCAAGCAAAGCAUUGUAUCUGUGGAGAUCAUGUCCCGGUUUUGUUUUGUUUUGUUUUUUUCAUUAUGUCGUUGUGAAACUAUUUAUUUUUUAUGCUGUUAGUGUUGUCAAUAUUCCUGAGCCAACAGAAUUGUUUUGGUUUUUUUUUCCUCGUUUGUUUGUUUCUGUUCAUAAUUUUGUAGCAAUUCCUUCGCUGUUCCAGAGUUUACAUGAUCAUUAGCCAUUUUGUAAUAGUGUGUGCUGCCAGAGUCUUUGUAGAGCAUCUAGGAAAAGUGAUGUUUAGUCUUAAAGCUCAAAGGAAACGUCAGUAGAUAAUUCUUAGUAGUAUUUCUGAUUUGAAUACGUUCACCUCCCUCCCCUCCCUACACAGAGCACUCUGAAUGCACUGUAUUCUCACAGUCGGCAGUAAAAGUUUUGCCUGGGCCACUUAGAGAUUUAACUUACUGAGUGGCAAAGACAGUAGGUAGGUGUUGCAGGUUUAGCAUUAAUUGCAUCUACGGAGCGUCCACGCUGUUGCUGGCCUUUUAGUGUUAACAGGUUUUUAAGAGGAUUUAUGGAUUUGUGUUUGUUUGGGUUGUGCAAUGUUGACCUCACGCACUGAAGAGGACAGCGAGUGCUUCUGAAAACGCUUCACUGAGGGUCGCGUUUUCAGCACCGAUACCAAUGGCUGAGAUCGUAUUUAUCAGACACGAAGGUGGUGUGACACGUAUGACACGACCGAUCUGAACGGAUAUGAAGGAGGUCUGUCCUGUAGCUUCAUGUUCUUGUUUCAUGUUCUGAGUCUCAUGAGCAUCUUCUGCUUUUUGUUUUAUGCUUGGAUUGUUUUUUGGGGGGUUAGAUGGCCUGAGUGCGACUUUUAGCAAUGUAGAUAUUGUGAAAUAUUUGCCUAUGACUUGGAAGCCGUGGGUACUCUCUUUUUUUUUUUUCUUUUUUUUUAAUGGCAAGCCUCUGCUGAUGAAUGUUUGAGAUUUUCUGGACUGCAGGUCCUUUGUUUAUGGGAAUAAAAAAUGAUGGAAUAAAUUCUUAUCAUCUGA